CCCCCCCGCAGUGCCUCCAAAAUUGAUGCUGUACCCAGAGAAGGCGGCGGAGAUGGGGGAGCCCAACAUACUGAUCUGCAUGGCGGACAACUUCUCUCCGCCGGUGCUGAAAAUGGCCUGGUUCAAGAACGGCCAGCGGGUGACCGAAGGGGUGCAGACCACGGAUUACUACCCCAAGAAGGACCACGCCUUCCGCCGGUUCUCCUACCUGCCCUUCAUCCCAAACAUGGAUGACGACUACAUGUGCCAGGUGGAACAUUGGGGCCUCACGGAGCCCCUGGGCAAGAUUUGGGACGACAAUAUGCCAGAGCCCCUCCCGGAGACGGUGGAGAAUGUGGUGUGUGCGGUGGGCCUGGCGUUCGGCCUUGUGGGCAUUGUGACUGGCACCAUCCUGAUGAUCAAGAGCCGGAAGAUGGGAGAGGCCAACUAUCGCCGAGGACGCCUGUAAACCACGAUUGCAGGCUUGGCUCUUGCCCGCCCUGACCCCAACCCCGGGAGCUGCAUUUACACUUGUGCUGCACAUUUUUCUUUCUCCGACUCUCGUGAUGACUCCAGAGCAGGGUGGACGCUGUCUGCCCCACUGACAGCAUUUUUUUCCCCCACCGCCCUUGUGGGAGGCCCCAGAAGUGAAACAUUCCCAGGGACUCCUGGGGCUGCUUGCCUUCCAAGCAUCGGGUCUAGAGGGAAAUGUAGGAGGGGUUUUUUGGAGCGAGAGAGGUUUUUUGGGAGGGGCAUGGAGGCGUGGGAGAGUCCUCGGCGCUCUCCGAGCUUGACUGUUUCCUUGCAAACAUUUCAUGACCCCAAUAGCUAACAUUAUCAGUGUUAGAAGGGAGCGAUCUCUGAGCUUGGCUGUCUUCUUGCAGACGUUUCAUGAUCCAAACUAGGUAAUGCCGUCAGCACUGAUGCGAUUACCUAGCUGGGUCAUGAAACGUCUUGAAGAAAACAUUCCAGCUCACAGAGCACCCAGGACCCCUCCUAUCAACCCUGAGCUACAAAACAUUCUCCUUUAUUGAGUGAAAACGCAGGACCUUUUUCCGAAAGGCCCCUAGCGAUGGAGAAGGCUGGUUUUAAGGGGGAAGUUGGUCCACCCCUGCAGGACCAAGGCUAACUAAAAGGGGCGCCCUCUCUGGUGCUCAUCCCCCACCUCUUGAGUCAUUUUCUCCCCACCCUUUCUGAUCCGCUGCGUGGGUUUAUUCGGGAUCCCUUCGUCCGUUGGGGAAGGCAGGGCGGGCGAUCCCUCUUCAAUGACACACACAUACACACACACACACACACACACCCAUCUUGCUCUGUCAGAGACCUCCCUUCAGGCAACCUCUGACUGCCCCCACUAUUACAGCCGCGACCCCGACCCCAGGCCCGGAGCCUGCUUGCUCCCAUUGAAUAGAACGUCAAAGCCUGCUUGCGUAGACAAAGGCAGAGGUCCCUACCCCCUUUUUCAGGACCCUGGACAGUGAUUUAGCCAUUUCCCUUGUGCUCCUUGUCGAAUUAGUAAGGUUUCCCCCCCCCCCCCACUUAGUGCUUCCUUCUGCACAAUACACACCCCCCCUCAAAAAAAAAUUUCUGUCCUGCAAAAUCAGCUCCUUAAUAUAUUUUUUUGCAGAAUCGGAACGCUUCAAGGCUGGCUAAUAAUGCUUCUUCUUUCUAAUAAAGAUAUUACUCAGCUAUG